AUGUGCUAUUCAGACGAAAGGUUUCUCUUUAUUUUUCUUUUCUUUCCCAUUUUUUAUUACUUACGGGUAGAACUACCCGGGUCCUUCCUUUCCCUUCCUUCCUUCCUUCCUUCCUUCCUUCCUUCCUUCCUCCUUCCUUAUUUUCUUCCUUCCUUCCUUUUUCUGUUUAUAGCCUUCUAUACUUUUUUCUUUGCUUUCAGUCCUUCCUUUUCCUUCCUUCCUUCCUUCCUUCCUUCCUUCCUUCCUUCCUUCCUUCCUUCCUUCCUUCCUUUUUCCUUCCUUCCUUCUUCCUUUUUCUUCCUUCCUUUUCCUUCCUUCCUUCCUUCCUUCCUUCCUUCCUUCCUUCCUUCCUUCCUUCCUUCCUUCCUUCCUUCCUUCCUUCCUUCCUUCCUCUUUUCUGUUUAUAGCCUUCUAUACUUUUUUUUCUCCUUCCUUUUCCUUCCUUCCUUCCUUCCUUCCUUCCUUCCUUCCUUCCUCUGUUUCCCUUCCUUUUUCUUGCUUUUCAGUUCCUUUUCCUUCCUUCCUUCCUUCCUUCCUUCCUUCCUUCCUUCCCUUCCUUCCUUCCUUCCUCUGUUUCUUCCUUCCUUUUCCUUCCUUCCUUCCUUUCUUCCUUCCUUCCUUCCUUCCUUAUUUCCUUCCUUCCUUCCUUCCUCUGUUUCUGUUUAUAGCCUUCUAUACUUUUUUCUUGCUUUUCAUCCUUCCUUUUCCUUCCUUCCUUCCUUCCUUCCUUCCUUCCUUCCUUCCUUCCUUCCUUCCUUCCUUCCUUCCUUCCUUCCUUCCUCUCCUUCCUUUAUAGCCUUCUAUACUUUUUUCUUGCUUUUCUGUUUCCCCUUCCUUCCUCUUCCUUCCUUUUUUCCUUUAUUUCUUUUUCCUUCCUUCCUUCCUUCCUUCUCUUUCUGUACAUUUUCAUGCUUUUUCUUUUUUCUUUCUGUCAUCCUUCCUUCCUUCCUUCCUUCCUUCCUUCCUUCCUUCCUUGCAGUGAGAAUCCCUACGUUUAUUUCUUUUCUUUUUUCUUGUUUUGUUUCCUUCCCUUUUUUUCUCCUCUUCAGUUUUCCUUCCUCUCUUUUCAUGUAUUUUAGUUCAUUUCAAUCCUUUCGUCUUUCUUUUCUGCCCGUCCUCAAUUCUUGUCUCUGUUUUUUUUCUUCUUCUUCUUCUUUUUCCUUGAUUCCAUUCAUUUCUAUAUUCUUCGGGUCUUUCCUUCCUUUUCCUUGCAUUUCCUUUUCGCCUUAA